ACACACACACACACACACACACACACACACACACACACACACACACACACAGCCUGCAGUAAAACCUAGAUUGAUUUAUUUACUCGUGCUUAGAGAAAAUGAGAAUGCACUUACACAUCUUCGCCUCUAGAUGGCGGUGUGGUUUAAGAAAUAGUAAUAUAUAUCUACAUACAUACAUACAUACAUACAGUAUAUUCUGUAUAUUUAAUAUAAAUGUAAUGAUAUAAAGGUCUAAAAUCUUUAUUACUCUAGCUAUUAAAUUUUAUUUUACACACAGCUAUAAAUCUCCACAACACUGUUUUUAGUGAUGUUUCUCCUCACAGUCCUGCAGCUUUAAUCAAAUAUCUGCUUACAGGAGAACCUCAAUAGAGGUAGGUGUAGAACCCCAGACUGUAAACACAAGAACCAGAUCACGUGAUCCGGACCAGCAUCAUCCAGCCAAUCAGGACAAAGAGAUGUCUUAAGCGUUCCUUGGUUCUCUGUCUGUCGUUUCUUUAUCAUAAAGAGUUCCAGGUAGAACCUCUUAGAAGGCUUUAGAACCCUUCAAUAACUCUUGAAGACCUUUUUUCUAAUAUUGUACCAAGAACAGUUGUUGUCUUCUAGGGUCCUGAAAAGGUCUCGCUAUAGACAAGAGUUCCUAGUAGAAUGAUUUUAAGAGACUAAGAACCCUUGAAUAACCCUUUUGUUUACGAGUGUACCAACACCAAAAACCUCAGUGUUAAGCUCCUUACAGGUUCUGGGUGUUAAGAAGAAAAUAACGAGCAAUAAUUUUGAGUUUGUAGCACAUGCUCCAAGAAGGUUCUCCAGGGGUUCUUUAAGAGUUCUACUUCAGUUGCUGUCAUAUGGGGGAGCACUCUGUGGAAAGGUUCUACGGAGAUGUUUUAGAGUUCUCACAGAGAGACGCGAAGAAUGCUUAAGUGUAUUGAAUUUUCUGAGAGCAUUUUCCAACAUGGAAGCGUUCCAAACGAUUUUCAGAGGGUUCUAGAUGGUUAUUUUUCCGUAAUGAGUGACUCCAGCAUGCAGAGUGAAGCGGACCGGCGGCAGAAUCUGGUGGACGACUUGGUGACGAGAGAGAAGCAGCUGUUCAGCUCGUUCAGCCGAGACCCGAGCGCUCCAGAACCGUCACGGUCAACACUGCUGACGGGAGGAUUUGGGGCGGAGCCUGCACAGAAUCCGUGGCUGGUCGAUGAAUCAGAGGAGACGAAAGGACUGACGUUUAGAGAGAUCAAAGAGCAGCAGCAACGCAUCAUCCAGGCUCAGGAUGAAGGGCUGGACGUGUUAGCAGACGUGAUCAGCAGACAGAAGCGAAUGGGACAGGAGAUCGGAAAUGAACUUGAUGAACACAACGAGAUCAUCGAUGACAUCACACAGCUGGUGGACACGACAGACAGCCGCAUCCGCAAUGAGACACGCCGAGUCCAACUGGUGGAGACCAAAUCAGCUUCUUGUGGUAUGAUGGUGGUGAUCGUGUUGCUGCUCAUUGCCAUAGUGGUUGUUGCUGCUUGGCCGACAUGAACUGAUGAUGGACACACACAGCUGUGAAAUUCACGUACACACACACACACACACACACACACACACACACACACACACACACUUUACUGUAUUUAUUCCUUUGACUCUGUUAGUAUUUCAAUUUUUAAAAAGUGUUGAUGAAACUCACUCUGCUUCCCUGUGUAUGAAACUCUAAACACACACACACAUGCAAUGUGUAAGUUAUAACUAAUAAAAAUUUCUAAUAAACAAACAUUUAACAAUCUGCA